GUGAAGCUUGAGGUUUUUCGGAUGAUGCUGUACCUCACCUUUCCGGUGGCCAUGUUCUGGGUCUCCAACCAGGCUGAAUAUUUUGAGGAAUACGUCAUCCAGCGCAAGCGGGAGAUCUUUCCUCCGGAGCGAGAAGACCAGAGAUCUUGAGUGGGGUUAUUCGAAGUGUCAAGAAGGAUGGCGAGUGGAAGGUUCUGGUCAUGGACCGCCCCAGCAUGCGGAUCCUGUCAUCCUGCUGUAAGAUGUCCGACAUUCUAGCUGAGGGUAUCACAAUCGUGGAGGACAUUAACAAGCGCAGGGAACCUAUUCCUAGCUUGGAAGCCAUUUACCUGUUGAGCCCGUGUGAGAAGUCUGUCCAGGCUCUGAUCAAUGACUUUCGGGGGACCCCCACCUUUACCUACAAAGCUGCCCACAUCUUCUUCACAGACACCUGUCCCGAGCCCCUUUUCCUCGAACUGGGCCGAUCGAGGCUGGCCAAGGCCGUGAAGACACUGAAGGAGAUUCACUUGGCUUUCCUUCCCUAUGAGUCCCAGGUGUUUUCCUUGGAUGCGGCCCAUAGUACUUACAACUUGUACUGCCCCUUCCGGGCCAAUGCGAGGACUCGGCAGUUGGAGAGCUUGGCCCAGCAGAUCGCUACCCUCUGUGCCACCCUGCAUGAAUAUCCUUCUAUUCGCUACCGAAGGGGGUCUGAGGACACAGCCCAGCUUGCCCACGCUGUCCUUGCCAAGCUCAAUGCCUUCAAAGCAGAUAAUCCCAGCCUGGGGGAGGGCCCUGAGAAGAUGCGGUCCCAGCUACUGAUUGUGGACCGGGGCUCAGACCCUGUGUCCCCUUUGCUGCAUGAGCUCACUUUUCAGGCCAUGGCCUAUGACCUGCUUGAUAUCCAGCAGGACACCUACAGGUACGAGACGACGGGUCUUAGCGAGACCCGGGAGAAGUCGGUGCUGCUGGAUGAGGAUGAUGAGUUGUGGGUGGAAUUGAGGCACAUGCACAUUGCAGACGUAUCCAGGAAGGUCACAGAGCUGCUGAAGACCUUUUGUGAGAGCAAGAGGCUGACCACAGAUAAGGCCAACAUCAAAGACCUCUCCCACAUCCUGAAAAAGAUGCCCCAGUAUCAGAAGGAACUGAACAAGUACUCCACACACCUGAACUUGGCUGAUGACUGCAUGAAGCGCUUCAAGGGCACCGUGGAGAGGCUCUGCAGCGUUGAGCAGGACCUGGCUUUGGGCACAGACGCAGAAGGGGAGAAGAUUAAGGAUGCCAUGAAGCUGAUUGUUCCUGUGCUGCUGGACACUGGGGUCCCGCCGUAUGACAAGAUCCGUAUCCUCCUCCUCUACAUCUUGCUUCGGAAUGGAGUGACCGAGGAGAAUCUGGCCAAGCUCAUCCAACAUGCCAACGUGCAGGCACAUAGCAGCCUCAUCCGAAACCUGGAGCAGCUCGGGGCCACGGUCACCAUUGCUAUGGGCUCCGGGGCCUCUAACCGAGGGGAGCGAAAGGAGCGGUUGGAGCCGACCUACCAACUAUCCCGCUGGACACCCAUCAUCAAGGAUGUGAUGGAGGACGCUGUGGAGGACAAGCUGGACCGGAAGCUGUGGCCCUUUGUAUCUGACCCAGCCCCCACCUCCAGCUCCCAGACCGCAGUCAGCGCCCGUUUUGGUCACUGGCACAAGAAUAAAACUUCGGUGGAAUCUUCCCGGGCUGGGCCCCGACUCCUGGUUUACAUACUGGGUGGUGUGGCUAUGUCUGAGAUGAGGGCGGCCUAUGAGGUGACCCGGGCCACCGAGGGAAAGUGGGAGGUGCUCAUUGGCUCUUCCCACAUCCUCACUCCCACCCAAUUCCUGGAUGACCUCAAGAGUCUGGACCAGAAGUUGGAGGACAUCCCCAUGCCUUGAGUCUGGAGCAGCUUGAUGCAUUCCCCUACCCUCCACCCAACAGGCAAUAAAAUCCCAUCGACCCUCAGUCUCACCUCACCCUCUCUCUGGGUCACCUUCUUCCUGUGUCCAGAUCCUCACAGCAGGCCCUGACCUCAGUGAGCCUUCACCCUCAGAGCAGAGGAGUGAGGGGACCUCAUGCGUGUGUCCUUUGAGGGCUCUGUGACCUCAGCGACACGAACACUCCCUCCAGCACAUGUGGACGGAUCCCAACCCACCUGCACCUUGUUGGCCUGUGCAGCUCCUGUCCCUGUCUCCUGUCAGAGGCAGCGUCCACCCGACGGGCUGGUGGCCUUCUUCUGGUUCUCUUCACAUUCUGUGGGGACCAGCCCCAUGCUCAGAUGUUCCUCUGUCAUCCCUCAGUCUCACUAUCGGGCUGGCCCACUUCCUUUUCUAAUCAUGUGCAUAGGCUGUGGUAUGAAGGUUAGAUUGGAGGGGAAAGAUGUGGCAGUUGGAAGAAAGGCUUGGUGGGUGGUCAUGAGCUCCUGGAUGAAGGAUGGUGUUGGCCACUGGCGUCCCUCUUUUGGGCAUCCACGGGCUCAUUGUAAAGGGGCUUUCCCCUAGAUUGGGGGCUCUUAGCCGGGGCUCUGUGGAUAGAUUUUCAAGGGCUCUGUGAACUUCAAUGGCAAAAAAAAAAAAAAAAAGACAUUUCUAUUUCAAUAUAAUCAGUUUCCUUUG